UGGAGCCCCAGCAGGUAUUGGUGAGAACAACAACUAUGGCAAUGGAACCCCCAGAACACUGUUUGCCCCAACAGUCGCCUUGGUGACAGAACCCCCAAGUUGUGUUUGUCCCAAACACCCUCUAGGCUGCCCAGGCACCAUGGCAGGCUCUAGUGUGUUCCACAUCCACCACCAACCUGCCCUGGCUCUACCAGCUGGCACAACUACGAUGGAACCUGAAGAAGUGGUGACCACGGACCUGCCUGGAGAGGAACCAGCUGCCACCACAGAGGCCAUUGCUGAGCAGGCAGGGGACAGCAUCGACACCCAUCUGUUUGCCUGGCCUGACAGCGUGGUGAGCGAGGACACCGACCUCAACAGCCCCAACAGCUCCACCUUGGAUGCUCUCCUGGAAGAGCUCUCUGAGUACCUGGAGGACAGUGGCUGCCUUGACAACCAAGCGGAGUUGGCACAGCAAGGGGACAACGAGGACACCAUCUUGGCUGCCAAUCUCCCCAGCCUGACAGCUGAGGACCUUGAUGAGUUCCUUGAAUUCUGUGAAUGCCUGCUGGAAGAUGACCAUCCCAAGGAGCCAGUUGUGGAGGCACAGCAAAGGAACAGCCAGGAUGCCAUCCCUGCCAUCCCCAACCUGACCCUCUCUGCCAGUCCACCCACUGCCUCCCAGCCCUACUCAACCCACAUGGCCCAGAUGGAGGAGGAGGCACUGCAGAGGCAGCCACCGAGUGUCAUCACUAUCCACGUGAACCCCAAAACAAGAGAGCUGGCAGCAGCCAGGCCAAGGGCUCUGCACCAGCCAGCACCCCCACGAGCCAAGAGACCUUCCCGCAGGACCAUGGCCCAGCCAGCGAGGAAAAGACGACGGCGGUGACGCAGCACCCAGGCCAGAAAACACCCUGAGCCAGUGACCUACACCCAGACCCCCAGCCUUGCCCUCUCCUACACACCUCAUUCCCCUUUAGUCAGUAAAGACUUGUUUAGCAGCUCAUCUGUCUGCCAGGGGUCGUAUUCACAGUGGGAGCGGGUGAUGCCUAAGGGCAGCCUCUGCCCACUCCAUGUGGGGCCAGGCUGGGCUGGAGAUGCUGCCAUCACUCUGGGCAUCUCUUGGGGAAACCACACUGGUCAGAGUUCUCAGAGCACCAAGCAGCAGGACAGGGACCAUGGAGCAGGGAGUGCAGUGCUGGGCACAUGCUGAGCUUCCCACUUGGUUUGGCUGCCAGAGGCCAGGGAAAGAGUGACCUGCCCCAGGCAGGGAAACCUUUCCUUGGCAGGGAGGGGAUGAGAUGGAACACUGGGAUGGUCCUGUUGGGGAUGUUGAAAUGGCCCAAGUGUUGCCAUAGGGAUUUCUCGUUUGCCACAGGGCAAUUUUUCAUCUCUCAAGGGACCAACCCUCUCUGCAGGGCAUCCUGGCUGGCUCUGUCACCCUGUCACUGGCCAAGCUCCCCACGUUUUCUCUAUUGGGCAGGAUUUUCUGUGGUACAGAAUAUCACUUCAGCCAGUUCAGGUCAGCUGUCCAGCCAUGCUCCCUCUCCAAGCCUCUUUAGGACAUAUCUCCCUUUGAUAGGGUCUCUCUGAGGAGUAUUCAAGGCUGGGAUGGAUGGGGCUUGGAGCAGCCUGGUCUGGUUGAAGGUGUCCCUGCCAUGGCAGAGGGUUUGGAAUGAGAUGACCCUUCCAUCCCAAACCAUUCUGGGUUCUUUGGUAGGCAGGGUGAGAGAGGGAACAGCUUGAGACCAUUUCAGAAACUAAAUCUUCCACUAGCCUGUAUUCUGUCACCCCAUUUUGCUAAAAACAAGAAACUUAAAGGAAGACACCGAGCAGGCAAGAAUCAUUUGCUGUAGCCAAAGGAAACAAUCUAACAACCCAUCCAGCUUAAAAGAACUGUUUCAAAAAGUUGACUAUCUGCUAUACCUUAGAGCCAGGUAUAAGGAGUAUAAACAAGAGUGAACCAUAUUCCUACCACUGGAUAAAUCCAGAUUUUGUUUAGAGUUGUUACUGAAGUGGAUGUCAAUUGAUUAAGUAAAUAAAUAACAUUUCUUGCAACAGGAACACAAAAUAAUCAUAUUGCUACUGAGAAGAAAGAAAAACUACUGCUAUUUUAGUUGGAAGGGACAUGCAAGUGGUCAUUUAGUCCAGCUUGAUCUGGCCUGGCCAAUUCAAGUUAAAGUAUGUCCUUAAGGCAUUAUCUAAAUGCCUCAUGCAUGGUGAUGGAAAAUAGGCAUUUUUUCAAGGAGGGGGAAAUUAUCUUCUUGCAUUGACCAUUGCCUCUUCCUCAGUUCCUUCUAUUAAGACAUUCUGAAACAGAAGAAGGAUUCCAAGUCCCUCUCCCAAAGAUGACAUUUUUGUUUGCAGUGACUGGGAGGGAGCACAUGUCAGAGUAAGGGAAAAUAAGGUAGGAAGCUGUCUAAACUAAAUGCUAUAAUAAUCACUCUUCUCCCCAAAGGUGGGGACAAUUCCAAGCACAUACCAGACAACUAAUUAUCUUUUUAAAUCAUCACAUUUAUAACAGAAAUCAACUGUCCACAAAGACUACACAGUCUUUAAACAUCAGCAAGCUGCUGAAAAAGGUUGUGAGCCCCAGGUAUCACCUCCGCUCUCCCUCCGCUCUCCAGCUGGACAUUCUGCUUUCUUCUAAUCCUCCUUAUUGCAGGCACGUUCCUGAGGCAACCACAGUCACUGCUGCAAAGCACCUGGGUGAUCCCCACCCAGAAAACCUACAUUCCAAGAAGAUUAAAGGCCACAGCAUUUAGAGACUGCUAAAAGAACUGCAGUCCAACAUCCACAGCAAACUAGUUCUGAUGUACAGUUUUCAAAGGAAUUGUUGGUAAUUUGUCCUGCAAUGCAGCUGUGAGAAAAAUUCUCUUGUAAAUGUGCAUCUAUGACUGGAUAGCAUAUGCUGGAAAAGCACCCAUAUCUCCUUAGAAAGAAUAUCAGCACCAAAUUUGAUGUAUUUUAGCAGGAGCUCAGGCUGCACGGUACAAAAUUCACAACCACUCCAUGAAAUUAAGGAUAAGGUGCAGCACACCACUCUCUAGGGCCCCACAUGCAAGUUCUUUAUUAAAAUUGAUUUUUCUUUCUUUUUUGAGUCAACAGACUGAAAUAAAUCCUGUGCCUCUGCUCCAGACCCUCCCAGGAAUUGUCCCUGGCCUUUGCAGGAGCUCACCUGAAGUGAGUCCAGAGGCAACCUGCAGCUCCCCACUAAGCAAAGUACAGCUGGAAUGCCAUUUCACAUGCCAGGUCUGAGGCUGGUGACAUACUUUGUUCUGAGUUUUAAUCAAUGGGUUAAGGUAUGAUGUACAAUUAAUUUAAAAAAAAAAAACCACAGGCCCCAAGAGAUAAGCUUAGACCUGAAAUUAAUUUGUGACCAACAUAACAGUCUCAAAUCUAAAAGUCCUUCAGAACUCAGACACUGUAAAGGGCUUUUAAAAAAUUUUAGACCUCUGCAUAAAAGCACAUUUUUCCCAUUAUUAUAACACUGAAAGAUCUAGAGCAAGUUUGCACACUAUAGGAACACUACUCUUCCUCUCAGGAAUGACACACAUGGCAUCUUUUCAACAUGCCUUGUCUCUUCCCUUCUCCCAAAACCACAAAUCACUUAUCAAAACAUAGCUAUGUCCCCAAAGUGCAUGUCCCAAACACACUGUGACAUCUAUUUCAUGGCCUUGUUGCUUUCCACGUAGAAAGCAUCCAGAUAUUUUUAGAGGUUUAUUCUGCCUUUGAUAAGAAGUUCGUUCUUAUGUCUUAGAGUCUUUCCUAAUGAGAGGAAAACAAAAAGACCCAAAAAAAAACAUUUUAGAGAAAUUUUUGCCAGCUGGCUGUGAUGAACAUCAGUCCCUACAGUGCUAACAAGGCCAGAGAAGCUCAAGCUGGAACUCAAAGAAUCCAAAGUUUCCCUUAGACCCAGAACAGGAGUAACAGUAACUGCAAUAAAACAGAGAAUGAAAACA